UCUCUCACAGUCAGGAGACCAGAAACUGCUGGAUAUGCUGAAUGUUGUGGCUGAAGUACUGGAUGACGAGUCUGGACUGGAUUUGGGUUCCAUUGUUCUGCACAUGAAGAAUUUAUUCCCAGCUUAUUCCGAAAGCAUUUCUGCUGCUUUGGAGGAAAAUGUGAAUUCUACAGCUGACUUGAGAGCAACAAUGAAUCAGGACACACACUGAAAACUACCUGUGGAUGACUGGCACACUAUAAUUGCCAUACAAUACUUAAAGUAGCAUCUUAGCUGCUAUUGGCUCAAACAGCUCUAAUCAAUACGGUGUUGUAGUUACUUGGUGACCUGACAGAGAUACAGACCUAUUUCUAAAGAGAAGCAAAUCUGGAUCCAGUGGAAACUAUUAAUUUCUAAGUAAGCUGAGUGGUUAUUUCAGCUGGAGACUACACUGGCUUAGAGAUGACUGGAGCUCUGCACACUGGACUGAUACUCUUGUUAUUUGUGGUGGUAUGUGAGAGUGAGCCAACACAUGCUGAGCCUGACAGAGUGGGGGACUCACAUGGACAAUACAGACUGGUCCAUUUAACAUCCAACCGGGCCUUCCAGCUGGUCAAUAACUCAGUUUCCUAUUCCAGGGCUGACAGCUUCUGCAGAGGCCAGUUCAGCUCCCUCGCCACCCUGGACCAGUCAGAUGACCGAGACGGAGCCUUGGAGCUGCUUCAGCACAGUGGACUUCGUUCACCUAUCUGGGUCAGGGACCCAAGCAAAGCAGCCUCAAAGUCUGUGGCCCUCACCAAGAAGUAUAAACAGUUCUCAGCUCUAAACUUCCCAAAGGAAACCCAUGAAGGCUUUGCUCGUGUCAACAUAUCCUUCCCUACCCUGUCGUCUGUUAGUGUGUGUGUUCGAGUUCAGUGGCACCCAGAGUGGAAUGAAGUGUCCACCAUCUUCUCCUAUGCUGCACCUGUCUUCACCAAUGAGUUCCAGCUACGAGGCCAAAUGGAUGUGCAGAGACGUGUCCUUCUGGCGCUCAUCAUCCGUGGGAAGCACCUGCCAUAUAAGGCCUCGUUUCCCAAUGAUGGAGCGUGGCAUCACAUCUGUGUCACAUGGCGCCGCAGCAGUGGCCACUGGGCUAUUUAUGUAGAUGGGGACAAAAAGGACAUGGGCUUAGAUACAGACACUUCCAAGGAUAUUCAUGGAGAUGGAAUACUCAUUCUGGGUCAGGACCAAGACUCCUUUGGAGGGAAUUUUACCGAGCCUUUUUGUGGAAAUAUCACUGACCUGAAUGUUUGGAAUAUGUCUCUGGAGGCAAGGCACAUCAGUGCCCUCACUGCAUGUUCACCCAUGACCCAGGAAAUGAUUUUCAGUUGGAACUUAAACCAGCUUAGCAGCCACCCAGUGGUCAAAGAGAUGCGGGCUGUUCUGGUUUGCCCAGUAGUGCACCAGCGGACGGAGCAGCAGGGCUGCAGGUCACUACAGAGCUGGUCAGAUCAGCCCCUGGUGGUCAACCUGACAGACUGCGCUGAUCGACUGCCGUUCAUCUGCAGGAGCAGCAGAGAGCGUUACCUCAAGAUAAAGCAGAUGAGUGAGUCUCAAAGCUCUCAGCCUACUGCCUUUAUGGACCAGCUGAUGAAGCUUUCCAACAAGACCCAGUCAGUGCUGGGGCAGCAACCAUCAGAGCUGAGCAGCCUGGCACAGGUGUCCACCCUGCUAGACGUCUCUGUCCAGGCCUUGGAGGACACCCAGCAAGAUGGACUGCAGCCAACAGACAUGGUGUCCCUCAUCCAGCUGCUAUCGCUGGCUGCUGACAUCCCCACACUGCUGCUUUCUGAUCCCAAAAACCACAGCCAGGACAGCAUCCAGGAGUUCAGCCAGGACUUCAUUAGUGUGGCUGACAACAUCAUCGGUGAAGACAAUGCCCUCAAGUGGCAGGCCAUCAAAGAGGUGGUGAACGGCCCCAUGGAUGUGGUCAAGAGUAUUGACCAGAUGGUGACCAGCCUGAGCCCUCGCUUGAUGGCAGAGACCGAUUACCUGACUAUUCACAGCCCCAAUAUCAAACUGGAAGUGCAGCAGCAGAGGCUACAGGAAGAAUCCAGAGGAUCAAGCUUCUGUGGGCCUGGCACAGAGAAAAAUGCCAACCUAGACUGUAUCUCAGUCCCUCAUCAUAAGAUACAGGAGCUCCAUAAGAACGGCUUCUGUAAGCUCACGUUGGUCAGCACAUGGUACGGCUCUCUGCGGCCUCUUUUCAAUCUGGAGGAGAACAUCAGCAUGGUUCCUACAGUCACUGACGGCAGCGAGAGGUAUUUGGGAACCGUCUUGGGCUCCUCUGUCAUAUCCACCACUGUGCUGGGAGAUGGCCAGCCGGUUAGCAUGGCAGUUCGCUUCCAGCUCCAGCACAGAAUACAGAAUCCCACUGGUGUUGUGUAUGAUCCAGUGUGUGCCUUCUGGGAUUUUGAUCUCACUCCAGAGGCUGGUGGGUGGUGGAAUACCAAAGGCUGUGAGGUAGUGUCCAAACAACAUGGAUACACUGUUUGCUACUGCAACCACACCACCAAUUUUGCAUUGCUGCUGCAGGUUUAUGAAGUCCAGAGGAGCCCGGAGAACGAAAAAGCUCUGCAGGUGCUGACGUUCAUCGGCUGUGGAGUGUCUCUGUGUGGCCUCCUCUUCACCUUCAUCCUCUUCAUCGCUGUGGGUGUCCCUAAGUCAGAUCGAACCACCGUCCAUAAGAACCUGAUUGUUGCUCUGGGUGUCGCUGAGCUGCUGCUGAUGUGCAGUAACUGGGCAACAGCCAGUGAGGCAGCAUGCUUCAUGGUGACUGCACUACUCCACCUCUUCUUCAUGGCCUCCUUCUCCUGGAUGCUGGUGGAAGGCCUGCUGCUCUGGAGCAAAGUUGUGUCUGUAAACAUCAGUGAGGGCCGCAGGAUGAAACUUUAUUACAUCAUUGGCUGGGGACUACCUGUUCUGAUAGUUGGUGUAACAUUGGCUGUAUCGGUGGGCGAGUACAAGGCAGAUGAUCACUGCUGGCUCAACGUGAAGACUGACACAAUCUGGGCAUUUGUGGGACCUGUUGUGUUUAUCUUGGCGGUCAACGCAGUUGUUCUAUGUCGGGUUGUCAUGGUGACUGUUUCCAGCGCUCAUCGUCGAGCUAAGAUGCUCAGUCCAAGCUCAGCAUCAAAGAUGCAGACCUUUGACCUCACCUGGGCUGUGACCCGUCCAGUUCUCAUUCUGCUGCCGGUGCUGGGUCUGACCUGGCUGUGUGGAGUGCUGGUCCAUCUGUCUGUGAUAGUGGCCUAUGUAUUCAUUGCUUUUAAUGCCUUCCAGGGGCUGUACAUCUUCUUAGUGUAUGCUGUUUACAACAGUGAGGUGAGGAAUGCCAUAAAGAGGAUCAAAGAAAAGAGAAAGGCCUUAUCUUUCACGAACUGUUCCCAGCCAACCAGCUUCCUGCCUUCCCAGAGGGCCCCAGUCACCUCCUGGGGCCGCAGUCCACUGACCCCCUCCAGCGCUGAGACCAGUGAGACCUCUGGACCCCCCAGCUCCUCCUCCACAUCGCUGGUCAUCAAAAAUGAGAGUUUCAGAAAGGAGAGCUUUGUGAGUUUCUCUAUAAAACCAGUACAAGGAAACCAAGUGGUCCAGUUGACUGGGUUCAGACCAUCAGGUUGUUGAACAGCAAAUGGAGUGGAUCCUGAUACUUGACCGGACACACACACAUGCACAGAUCCCACCUGAAGAAGUGCGCUGCCAACACCGCGAAGGAGAGUGCGGAAAAAUUAAAGCAUGAAGGAAAGAUGAAGACAUGAGCUCCACCUUUCUUCGCUGUACUGUUCUCUGAUCAAAUACUCCUCAAUUACUCAGCUGUUUAACACAAAACAAUUUUUGUGUUAUUUAUCACCAACAAAAUCACAAAUGGGCAGGUUUUAGGUGAUGUAACUGACUCUGGCAACCAUCUUGGAGGUCCUCAGCUUUGGAACAAAUAGACUAGUGAAUAGUUUUCACCAUGUCCACACAAUAAUAUCUGUUUUGUGUAAAAGAAACUGUAAUUGCCUGAUAGUGUGAGCAAGUGAACUGAUGUUAGCUCAUUGUUUUGGAAGCUAAAGCUAAAGACAAGACAGUUUAUUGUGCAACAACAACCUUAAAGAGUCCGUUUAGAGCACAAUGGAAUACUUUUUGUGCUUUUGUCAUCAGAAGAUGGUGUUUGAAAAAAUGAACACGUUUCAGAAACGGUGUCCCGUUUAGUUGGCAGACCUCACUGUGAACAGAUUUGAUUGUACAAAAAAAAGUAGAAAGAUUUCCAUGAAUGUCCUGCGGAAUCAGGGCAUUGAAUCUGAAAAAAAUGUGUCACUGUUGUUUUCAGUGCAAAAACAAUUCCGCUCACCUUUGUUUGUCCUGAGGUGGAGGCACAAAUCUCAGCCACAAUUAUCUGAAAAGUUUAAAGCAAAACUAUUGUAUCUGCAUGAUUUGUGUUUUUAAGCAGCUAUAACCCUUUGUACUCACACUAUUACAAGCUUGCCUGCACCCACAAAGCAGCUACAUCUCACCCACAGUUUUGUAGUGAGUAGCCUUGGAUUUAAUUUCCAUAAAAUUACAGCCAUUAAAAAUUACCACAUCAGUAUGUACAUGUGACAAAUUUUAAUACUGGGAUUCAUUCUUGUUCUUCUGUCCUCAUCUUAAGUGUAAAUAGCUCUGCAAUUUCAAUAUUUAAUUCAAACAUAAAAGAAAGAACUAAGGCCUGUCAUCCUUGACAUGUUUUCUUAUAGUUACCGUACACUCUCAGCAUGGGUCACCACAUUUAAUAAUGCUGUGUUUACAGUCUUGCUGUUGUAAAUAGAUGAUUACACAAUGCAUUAGAUUAAACUGUAUCCUUAACAUCCCAGAGAUAUUCUGAAGAUUUGAGAAACAGGAGGCACAUGUUGGCCUCACUCUCAAACCUUCUGUAUCUGCAGUAUCUAGGCUCAAACUACUGUUGGCAUUAGACACUGCCAGGCUGGUAAUCUUAGUUCUCCCUUACUCUGCAGCUGCCAUUUUAACUCUCCCCUCUCAGCUGGAAGCACAGUAAGCUGAAGGCUCUAACUGUUCCAACAACAACAGAAUGUCUGUGAAUUACACCAGAGGUCUGCGAGCCUCUGCAGGGCCUGUAGAUAACCUGACCUGCCAGGAAUCCUGUUGUAGCUGCUGAUGUAUAUCUCUAAAAAACAUAAUUACAAGUCCUGAUGUUGGCUACUGUUCUCCAAACACCGGCUACAGUCUCAGUUUGAUUUGUUUUGUUUCUAUAACUGAUGUUUAAUGUUAUAUAUAGCUGAUAAUACUGAUGUGGAUGGCGACAAGGCUAAACAACAGCCACACUAUGACUGCUGUAUUGAAACUUGUACCUACAGUAUCUGUUAAUUGUUAUGCAAUAAUAUCCAGCACACCAAGAGGAGAUUUACUUCAUUAAAUUUUAUUGGUUUAAUGCCAUUACAAUAAAAUAUAUUCAAAGAAAAACAAAAAUGUUUUGGUCACUUUCUCUUUUCGGGAGAAAAAUGCUGCGGUUUAAGACGGGACAGACUGUCAACUCACAGGAAGGAAAAAGUGAACUGAGAGAGCAAAAACAAAGGCAAUAUCAAGAGUAUCAGUUCCACAACAGUAGCGAUUUGACCUCAACAUAAAGCAGAGAAGUUUUUUGGUGUUGAAAUGUAUCUUCAGCAGAUAUUCACUUCACAACAUAAAUAUACUGUACAGACUAAUAACAGCCACCUCAGCUGGUGUGUGUGUGUGUGUAGUGUGUUUUCAGGCAGACAUAAAGUUAAGGCAGGCAGAGUGAUUGUCUACGAUAACUUGACAUGGUGGACUCUGCCAUGACAAUGGACAAACAAGGGAUGCUUUUUAAAUCUGCACUGUGAGAACAUUUAACUCCACAAUGGCACAAGCACUGCUUUACUUGUGUCUUCGUCAGUUGGUCCAGGGGACAGUGAGUUACAUUGUCCAUUUCGCUUACAGUAAUGUGCUUUUUAAAAGGGCUUUAAUACAUCUGGGAUUCAACGCAGUAAGUGCCACAGAUAAAUGAUGACUGCUACAAAUACAAGGUGCAGUAUUUUAGACCCAUGUAGUUAAUGACUAUGGCCUGGAAUGUGAUCCACUGGUGUCUGCUGAGACAUGUUGUUUGAAAUGUAUACAAUAUGCAGCAAUAUGUCACUGGAGAGUUUCUCAUUACCCAGACAAGAACAAUAUUCUGAAUAAAAUUAUAAGGAACAUAAAUAUGGGAAAAAUCCUACUAAUAAUAAUUGUGUGUAUUAAAUACUGUCUCUCCUGGGCUCAGGCUUACAGCACCUAUCUCUUAUUUUUUUAUGUGAUUCAAAUAGCUCAUGCUGUGCUUACUGUUACAGCUGCUAGUGACCUUUGAGAGGUGAUCAACCAAUCAGAGCUCUUCAACAGGUUCACAGUUUGAAACACUGUCUUCCUACAAAGCUAAUUACUUAAAAACAGCAACAGAAAAAUGGCCACACAAAUGGCAACAAGUGUGGAUGAGACUGCCUCAGCAGCACAGGCUGUUGUUAGUCAGCUUACGUGAUCGGCACAUUUUUAGUUACUGCUCCCAGCAGACCCUGCUGCAGCUUCAGUGCCAAAUAAAAAUAAUGGAUGUGUGACUCUUUACUAAGAGUUAAACAAUCAGAUCAAUUUCCUCUUCCAAACAUGAUUUCUGUUUACCAGUAAAAAUUGUUUAUAUACUGUUCUGCAUAUUUGCAACAGCAAAUACAUUUGAAAGGUUUGAAAGGUAUCUCCAUAAUAGAGUCAUUUAAAAAUAAAUGUAUUAGCUAAAUCACAAAAUAUUCAUAUUAAACCUAUAUAUAUAUAUAUAUCAAACCUGUCUUGGUGUGUGUGUGUUUGUUUUCCUACAAUAUUUGGUUGUGGUGACUAGAAUAGGGUUAAUGGCUUUAUAGUUCUGUGGUUCCGUUUACAGCACUUGGCCACAUAUAGGAAAGAUCUUGGACUUGGUAGAAUACUGAUAAAUGUUUUACUAGCCUAAAGCUAACCACACAGGACUCGAUACAAGACCUCUGGUUUCUCCUGCUAAUGUCCUGUGUUUUGUCUGAACCCCAUUAUUUGGAGAUAAAUUCAGUCUCAUUAACAGACUGACAUACAUGGUCCUACAAUGCCAAAAGUGAAGUUGAAAAUAGACCCUAAGAAAUGCAUGGUUUCCUCCUCUUUGAGCACCCGAUUAACACUACAGUGUCCAUCUUUUUUAGGAAUUUACUGUGCCUUUUUAAAAAUGAAAUGAGAUAUUAAUGACUGCUUUGUAAUGAUCUACGUCUUCAAUAGAAAUCGAUAAACUUGGGGCUGAGAACUACAUAAAGUGUAAAAGAUGGACUAACUGUUGGUUUUGGUCUUUUCAUGGGCUUUGUUACAGACUUUUGAACAUUAUUUAAAAAAAGGGUAUAUUUGGAAAAUGUAAUCAUUUUCAUUAUGCACACUAAAAAUAUUGCUGCUGCUUCAGUGCAAAACAUCUCUGUAUCAGCCUUCAUAAGCUCAGAUAAGUCAAACUCUGUCUUUGUGUUGAAAAGUGACACAACUGUGACCAUGGCACAUCCAUGUUUUGAGGGUUUCGUGCUUUCUUAUUACACUGACCAUAAAUAAAUUAAAAUACACAAAGAAACUUGAAACCAGAUGUCCCCAGAUGUACAGUAUCUUUCCCUCUCUGUAUCAGCCGUCUUUUUCCUUCUGCUCCCAGCUCCUCUCUGCCACAAAGCAUGUUACAGCUGUGCAGCUUUUCCCUCUUUCUUAUGUGCUUUUUUAUUCAUUUCUUUGUUUUUGUGGCUCUCUCUUUUCUCUCUCUCUCUCUUUCUCUUGGUAAGAGUGGAAUGGGCAGCAGUACAAUUCAGUUGAACAAUAACUGAAUAAGAAUAUAUCAAUAUAUUAACAUCUAAAUAGAUUAAAACAAAACUAUACUGAACUUAGAGCUUUCAUAUUUUUUGAAAGGUUGGUGACUACAAGAACAAGUGGAUGAUAAUAAUAAUAAUAAUAAUGUUGCUGAUCUUGGAAUCAUAGAGUUGCAUUGACAUUGGAUCAAAAUAACUCAUUAAGAGAACAUUUUGAUUUUUAAAAAGAGGCUAUAAAUCCAUCUUUAAAGAUGCAUAUUAACUCAGGCAGCAAGCGUCAAACAGAUGUUUCCAUGCAAACAGUCCCAACUUGUCAUGCGAUAGUUCAACAUCAGCCCACCCAGCACCAUAUUUUAUAACAAAAUUCCUAUCAAAGUGGCGUUGCAGUGAUAGCAGAAAGAUAUUUAGGUGUGAAUGUCACAAAAUGAUGCAAGCAGUAAGUAUGGAAAGCCAUCUCAACAUUCAUCUUGUUUGUUGGGCAGCAGGGUUAUUACUGUACUCUAAAAGGAAAAAUAACGUGAAAAAGAUUAGUUCUGAAACAUUUCUAUAAACUGAAAUAAAAUAAUUUAUCUGAAGAAAAUAAAAAAUAAGCAAAACUAAUAACAGCCACUAAAGAAUUAAAAUCAAAUAAGAUACAGCAAGAAAUAAAUGUCAUUAUUCUUUUGUACAGCAUUUCAAAAUUCUGUGUAGCUGUAGCCUGUAAGGUUUAGAUGGGACUAUGUCAGAUUUCAUAGUAAAAGUGGUACAAGUAAAUGCAGUUGUUUCAGGUAACAGCAUCUAUGGCGUAGAAAGGGGAAAAACCCAACAAAUGGUAAAGUUUUCGUCAAAGUUACCAGUGACA